GAACAGCUUUGGGCCCACGGACCAUGAGAGGGCCGGAGUCAGGUCCCGAGCCUACGAUGGAGGGGGACGUGUUGGACACCCUGGAGGCGCUGGGGUAUAAGGGACCACUGUUAGAAGAGCAAGCCCUUACCAAGGCCGCAGAGGGUGGACUAUCUUCGCCUGAAUUUUCAGAGCUCUGUGUUUGGUUAGGCUCUCAGAUAAAAUCAUUGUGCGACUUGGAAGAAAGUAUCACUUCCGCUGGGAGAGAUGACCUAGAAAGCUUCCAGCUUGAGAUAAGUGGGUUUUUAAAAGAGAUGGCAUGCCCAUAUUCUGUGCUCGUGUCAGGAGAUAUUCAAGAUCGUUUAAAAAAGAAGGAUGACUGUUUGAAGCUUCUAUUAUUUUUAAGUACAGAGCUUCAAGCUGUACAGAUACUACAGAACAAGAAACGUAAAAAUUCUCAAUUAGAUAAAAACAGUGAAAUUUAUCAAGAAGUUCAAGCUAUCUGUGAUACGCUUGGUGUACCCAAGUCAGCGACUUCCGACAUUCCGCUUAUGCUAAACCAAGUGGAAUCAAAGGUGAAGGAUAUUCUCUCAAAAGUCCAGAAAAAUCAUGUGGGAAAACCACUGCUGAAAAUUGAUUUAAAUCUGGAACAGGCGGAACAACUGGAAAGAAUCAAUGAAGCUCUUUCCUGUGAAUACGAAUGUCGUCGACGGAUGUUGAUGAAACGAUUAGAUGUGACAGUGCAGUCCUUUGGUUGGUCGGAUAGAGCAAAGGUAAAAACAGAUGACAUAGCAAGAAUUUACCAGCCGAAGCGUUACGCUUUAUCACCGAAGACAACGAUUACGUUGGCACAUCUUCUUGCUGCUCGUGAAGAUUUAUCCAAGAUCAUUAGAACAAGUAGCGGCUCCAGCCGAGAGAAGACGGCAUGUGCCAUUAAUAAGGUGCUGAUGGGAAGGGUGCCUGACAGAGGAGGAAGGCCAAAUGAAAUCGAACCACCGCCCCCUGAAAUGCCCCCUUGGCAAAAGAGACAAGAAGGCGGUGGAAGGGGUGGUUGGGGUGGUGGGGGGGGUCGAGGAGGUGGUGGGGGUGGAAGAGGUGGCUGGGGAGGUGGAGGAGGCUGGGGUGGUGGUGGGGGAGGAGGAGGAGGUGGGGGAGGAGGUUGGGGUGGGGGCGGGGGAGGGGGCAGUAGAGGAGGUUUCCAAGGCAGGGGAGAUUAUGGUGGAAGAGGAGGGGGCUAUGGUGGAAGAGGAGGGGGCUAUGGUGGACGAGGUUAUGGAGAUCCAUAUGGAGGAGGUGGUGGUGGAUAUAGAAGAUACUAAAAACCACCAAAAUUAGAUAGCAGUGCUUAGUUCUUGGUAGGGACAUUAGGUGUAGUGUUCUAAAUAACAUACUUGAAUGUCAUCUUUCAAGUAAACACCAUGUUAGAUUCCUUGUUAUCAUUCUUGAAUUGGGUUGAUAUGUAAGAGCAUUGUUUUAUACUACCAUUUGAUCUCUUAGACAAAGUGAUUUUUUUCCAUAUUCUGUGUACCCUUGAGCAUGUCUUUUUAAAAAACAAAAAAAGCAAAAAUUAUUUUUAAAAAUGUAAAUAUUUAUUACCAUCAGACUUGGAAAUGGAAAGUAUUUUAUUGUCAUGACCGAAUUUAGAUUGUUACCUGUAUUUUAUUCAGGUUUGAAACACAUAAAUUACCCCACUUGUAAUGGAAGGAAUAUAGACUGUUGCCUCAUCUGUA